AUGCCAUUAUUACUAAAAAGGUGUUUAGGAGGACAAACCCAGAAUCCAAAUGAAUCGUUGAACGCCUUGAUUUGGAAAUUGUGUCCUAAAAAUUCCGGGUGUGGUUAUAAUAUUGUAAAGACAGCAGUAAAUGAAGCAGUUAUUAUAUACAACGAAGUUCAAGCUGGGCGAUUACAUACUAGGAAUGAACUUGGAUACCGAAUUAGUGAUAAUGCGGUCAAGUUUACAGCAGACACUGAUCAACGUCGUAUUCAGUCAGCCAAAAUAAAGGCAGAGAUGUCUACAAUAGAUGCUUACAGAGAAAGAAAAGGAGCCAAACUUGUUGCAGUAACAGCUAUUGAAGAACAAUUCGUUGAUUCACAUCGGAAAUUUUUUGAGAGACUAGACUGGUCUGCAGUAGUGCGACGAUUUCUUCAAGCUAAUGUAAUAGGCUUUCUUCCUUACAGAGACAGCAAAGGCAGUGCCCUCCUCUACCUCAAAGCUGAACGAUGGGAUCCAGAUCAGAUUUCUGCAGAUGAUGCUAUUUUUGGGGCAAUAGUAUCUAUUUUUUCAGCCAUUGAAAAUCCAGUUAAUCAAGUGGCAGGAAUUGUUGUUAUAAUAGACCUGAAGCAUCUGAAGCUACAACAGAUUAUAGCUAUUAGCAGCUGGCUCAUAUUAGGAACACAAGCUAUGCAGCGUUGCUGCCCUUUUAUGGUGAAAGAAGUACAUAUAAUAAACGUGCCACCAGUAUUUAAAGCUGCCUGGAAACUAAUAAAGCCUCUCAUCAGCGAUAAAAUUCGGAAAAGAAUAAUAUUUCACAAGAGCAUUGAAUGGAAGACACUUCAUAAUCUUAUAUCACCAAACAUUUUGCCAUCAGAGUUGGGAGGAUUCUUAGGACAUUUGAACAAUGAACACUGGACAAAAGAUCUUGAUUUAGAACAACUGUACUAUAAACUACUGAAAUUUUAUUUACCAAAGAAACAUAUAUCUCUUUAAGAAAUAUUAUUUGAUGAUGUUACUUAUUUUCCGAAAUAAAACAA